AUGGCCGCUUCUGUUGAGACUGAGCCUCUUCCUCCUCAAGACAUCAUGGCCACUUAUCCUGAGCCUUUGAGACCCACACUUUCUGCUCCUCGCCACGUAGCAUUUAGAGGAGCGAACAAUAAGUAUCUAGGGUGGACGAAAGGCGGCUUUAUGAAAUUCAUCUAUGAUGAUCUGACCAAUCCUUUUGUAAAGCAUCAAGUGGUGAAUGAAGAAACGGAUGAUGGAGAGAGGUAUGUGCAUAUAAAGUGUUGUUUUAACCAGAAAUUCUGGAGGAGAAAAGACAACAGUAGCUGGUUUAUAGUAGCCGGCGGACGAUACCCGGACAGCGAUCGCUCCCGGUGGUCCUGCACUCUCUUUGACAGGGUGUAUAGCGAUCAGGAUGCCUCUGUGCGCCUCCAUUUGCUGCAGCCAAGCAAAUUGUUAGCGAUCUGCGAAACAAAAACUGCUCAUGGUGACUGCCUGUUUGUGCAGGCGGAUAAGCUAAAUGAGGCAGCGCAUGAAUUGCAAGUCGUGUCCCUUGAUCUUCUCCCCGAGAUCUUUGCCUUACUAGGGGACAACGGCGAUUAUCUUGCCGCUUCUAGCUUUCAAUUUAAUGAUUAUCUCCAGUUCGACAGCACGGAUAUUGGCAGCUCUGCCGUUCGGCAUCAAGUGAUGUACCGCCAGGACGACGGAACCAUGGCCGUCAAAAGUUUAGGUUUCGGUGCAUUCUGGGAAAAGAGGAGCCCUACAGUUGGAGAAAAAUCGAUCUUAGGUGACGCAACAGACUAUGAUCCAUCCCAGAAGAACAUGCUCUUCCGACCUCUUCAAGUGGAUCGUGAGAGGGUGGCAUUGAUAUGCCUCGGCACCAAUUUUUUCUGCAGAAGGGAAGAGACAGAUACGGGACAUCAUUUCUUCUCUCCUGUCGCAUCCAUGUUAGAAGAAGCCACGUUGCUUAAGGUGAGGGAAGCUGUGAUCCAGCGCAAAGUGUAUUCAGUGGAGUAUGAUUUGAAGAAUAUCGAGAUCUAUGAUGAGGUGCCGCUCCUAGCGGCCACUGUUGUCGCCAGCAACAAAACCACCACCGCCCAAACAACCGAGUUGAAUUUGUCCCGCAAGGUGAAGAAUAGCAGAUCGUGGAGCAACUCACUAUCUUACACAACGGGCAUCAAGAGCAGUUUCACCAUGGGAGUCCCAUCAAUUGGAGAGUCCGGCGUGGAGGUGUCUGAUUCAAAGACGAGCACUAAGGAGUGGGGUGAGAGCGAGGAAGAUGAGACCACCCUCGGCGGCAAUUACUCUGUCACUGUCAAGCCCGGGGUAAAGCUCACUGUCCUCCUGCGCGCCACCCAGGGCAAAUUUUCGCUCAAAUUCUCAUACGUCCAAGAAGAUGUUCUUAGCACCGGGGAACAGGUCAAGGCUAUCAAGCACGAUGGGGUUUUCACCGGCGUCAAUUACUUCAAUAUUCAGACUGAAAACCAUGAAACUCCCAUUACAAUGUGA